AUGGGCUGGCUGAGCCGCAGCCGCCGCGCCGGUGAAACUGACAUGAAAUUGACCAGGGCGCUCUGUUUCUGCCUGCUGCCCCUCUGGGCGGCCGAGGUUCUGGCCAAUCAAGGCUGCGAAAAUGGGCAUGUCGCCUCUACGGGGGAGUGCUGCAAUCUCUGCCCACCAGGCUACGGAGUGACGGCUCCCUGCGGGAACGCCAAUACCAAGUGUGAGCCGUGCGUCGAAAACGUGACCUUCUCCUCCAUCGCCAGUGCCACAAAACCAUGCCAGCCAUGUUCGUCAUGCCCGGGCCAUGUGCCCAGAGUGGAGGCAUGCACUCCUACCCGCGACACCGUGUGUGCCCUCAGCUGCCCUCAGGGACAAUACCUCCAUGCGAAAAACGGGAGCCACGGUGCCAGGCAGUGCCGUCCCUGCCAGGUUUGCCCAGAAGGCUAUGGAGCAGUCCAGCCAUGUGGACCCAACACCAACGCCAUGUGCCAGAAAUGCCCGGAGGGUUACUACUCAGAGGAGAAGAGCUCUUCGGAGCCGUGCCUCCGCUGCCGUCUGGAGUGCCACGAGAAUGAGGUUAUGAUCCAGGAGUGCACCCCAUCUUCAGACACUCUUUGCAUGGACAAAGAGCUGCAGAUCCUGAAGCGCACAGAAGGAGAUUCCCACAAGGAUUUCCCCAAAAGAACGUCCCUUCUGGAUUCGGAGGGCAGCCCUCCCCCCAACUCCUCCUCCUCGGAGUUCGUGCCUCCCUUGGCCGAAGACCACAGCAAGAACAUUAUUCCUGUCUACUGCUCCAUCCUCGCGGCGGUGGUGGUGGGACUCCUCGCUUACGUUGCUUUCAAGUGCUGGAGCACCUGUAAGCAGAAGAAGCAGCUGGCAAAGGCUCGGGCUGGGGAGCUGGGCACUUCCCCAGAAGGCGAGAAACUCCACAGCGACAGCGGGGUCUUCCUAGACACCCACAGCCUCCAAGAACACCACCCGCUCAACAAGGCGCAGAAGCCUGAGCCCCAGCUCUACGCCCACCUCCCACCCCACAAGCGAGAAGAGGCCGAGCAGCUGCUGGAGACGCCAGGCCACGGGAAAGACUGGCGCUGUCUGGCCGAUCACCUGGGCUACAAGGAGGAAACCGUGGCUACCUUCGGCCGGGGGGAGGCCCCCGCGCACACCCUGCUCUCCGACUGGUCUACCAAGGAGGGGGCCACCCUGGAGGUUCUGUGCACAGCCCUGGCGGCCAUCGAGCGGGAGGACGUGGUGGAGAACUUGAAUGCCCCCGCGGAGGUCAGCUCGGUGGUGUGAUGGGCGGGUCGGCUUGCCCGCUGCGCCGCAGGUGGACUCGUA